UUAUUACUCGUAUAACUUGUAAUUACUAUUUGAUGUUACCUCUUAUUCAAUAAGUCCGGUGUAUGUCUGACGUAGUUUGUAUUUUGUAAAUCGAAAUUUGAUUGAACAGUUCAAAUCGAGUAACGUUUGAUUACUGACUACACAGUAUACACUAUAGUCUUCCAGUGAAAGUCUUUAUCGUGUUACUAUCAAAAAAGAUCAAGCGUUCUUUGUAUUUUUCUAAUAAUUUAUACGAAAUAUUUUUAAGUAUUAGGGCAAUAUUUUAUAUAAUAAACAAAUUGUAGUUUGAAUAAACAAGAUCAAAAUGAACACAUGCUGUGAUAUAUUAAAGGACUUUGAAUCUGGACCACUAGAUUUUUAUAGAAAAAAUGCUACAAUCAACUGGAAAAAAAUGUGUGUUUUCAUAGAAUCUGAAGAUGCUUUACGAUAUAAGAUGAGAGCGUGGAAAACGUUUGAAUCUGAUCCACUUUUCCAACAUUCUAAUGAAACAUUAUCAUUAGAUGAACAACGAAGAUUAGCGUUAUUGAGAAUGUAUAAAAUUGUAGAAACAAAAGUAUUUCCAUUGGAAGAAAUAAUGUCUAGUCCCAGACUGGCUUUCUCAAAAAUAGUAGCAAUGUUUCAAUAUUGUCCAUCUGUUGCAAUAAAAGUCGGAUUGACCUUUGAUAUGUUCUCUAAUGUUAUAUUUAGUAUGGACAAUGGAAGAAAUGCUAGUCUUUAUGAAAAUGCUCAGGAAGGAAAAAUUCCUGGUUGUUUUGCACUUACAGAAAUUUCACAUGGUACUAAUACUAAGGAAAUGCGAACUACAGCUUUUUAUGAUCACAAUUUAAAACAAUUUAUUUUACAUACUCCUGAUUUUGAAGCAGCAAAAUGUUGGGUUGGUAGCUUAGGAAAAACAAGUAUAUAUGCAAUAAUAUGGGCCAAAUUAAUCAUGAGUAAUGGUGAUGAUCAUGGAUUACAUGCAUUUGUAGUUAAUAUACGAGAUCCAAAAACUAUGCUACCUUAUCCUGGAGUCAUAGUUGGUGACCUAGGAGAAAAAGCCAGUUUAAAUGGUGUUGAUAAUGGAUUUAUAAUGUUUAACAAGUUUUGUAUACCAAAAGAAAGUUUACUGAGUAAAACUGGAGACAUAAAUGAUGAUGGACAAUAUAUUUCACCAUUUAAAGAUAAAUCAAAACGAUUAGGAGCUUCUUUAGGCAGUUUGUCAGUUGGCCGAUUAAGUAUUGUUAAUAUAUGUGUAGCAUACAUCACAAAAGCUGUUCCAAUAGCUAUAAGAUAUACAGGUGUUAGAAAACAGUUUGGACCUCCUAAUGGUGAUGAGUUACCAGUUUUAGAGUAUCAGUUAGUACAAUGUAGAUUGAUUCCAAAUUUAGCUGCUGCGUAUGCAUUAAAACUCUAUGGCAAUUAUUUGGCUAAUGUAUAUGAAUCGUUUUUAAUUGAGAUGUUUACCAACAGUGGUUCAGAAAAACUCAGAUUAUUUGGCACAGAAAUACAUGCAAUAUCUAGUUGUACCAAACCUAUUGCAGCAUGGACAUGUCGAGAUGCAAUACAAGAGUGUAGAGAAGCAUGUGGUGGUCAUGGUUAUUUAAAAGCUGCUGGUCUUAAUGAACUGCGUAAUGCAAAUGACGCUAAUUGCACAUAUGAAGGUGAUAAUAAUGUAUUAAUACAACAAACAAGUAAUUGGCUGUUAAAUAUUUGGACAAAUUUGCUAAACGGAAAUAAAAGUUGUUGUGAUACUCCACUGGGUACUAUAGAGUUUCUUAAAGAUGCCAAAACAAUAUUAAGUGACAAAUUUAAAUUAUCUAGAGUAGAUGAAGUAUUCACUCAUAUGCAUCUACUAUCCUGUUUUCAAUGGAUGAUUUGCUAUCUAUUACGUCAGACAUAUGCACAAUUGGAACUAUUAAAAGAUCAAAGAAAGGAUUUAUUUACAGCGAAAAAUGAUUCCCAGAUGUUCUUUGCUAAGGAUCUGUCAAUAGUAUUUGCCGAAUACUUAAUUUUGAAAAAGUUUAUUGAAACAACAUCAUCUCCAGAAUUAGAUGAUGCUCAUAGACUAGUGUUACAUAAACUUGCUUCACUUUAUGGCUUUUGGCUGGUUGAAAAACAUUUGUCAAUUUUAUAUGAAGGUGGCUAUGCUAAUGGGCCACUGGCAUCUAUAAUAGUUAAAGGAUCCAUAAUAGAUUUAUGUUCAAGUCUUAAAAAUGAAGCAGUGACACUUGCUGAUGCUAUAGUGCCUCCAGAUUUUAUACUUAAUUCAGUGCUGGCUGCUUCAAACGGACGGGUGUAUGAAAAUUUGAAGAAUUUAUUAUUUGAAGAUAAAUCGACAUUUGAAAGACCAACUUGGUGGACAGAAAUAGCAGUACGAUCAAAAUUAUAAACGUAACAAUAUUUUGAUAUAUAUAUUUUAAUCCCUGGAUUUGUGCAACUGAUUUUAGUUUUAUAUAAAAUAAUUUUGUCUCAAAUGUUCUUUUCAUUAUUGUUUAUUAUUUAUACUUUU